UGGAAUAGCGCAUGCGCAGAUCAAUGAGCAUCAUCUCCAACGCAACGCAAGUUCAGCGCGAGCAGAUGCAAAGCCCUGGACAGCCAUUCGCCACCGAGACGUUCAAGACAUAUACACGAACAUAUGAAGAUGCGGCGUCUCGGCUCAGUUCAGCAGAAAGUGCCGUGCGUUUUCCUGACGGAGGUGAAGGAAGAACAGUCCAGAAAACGCGAGUGGCAGCCAUUUCAGGUGGUUGCCACUGAAAAUGUGAAUCCUGUGGCGCUGGAGUCUAAUAUUGCUUGUGCACUUGCUACUGAGAAACUAGAUGGCACCUGCUGUUAUGUUACAACUUAUAAAGGACAGCCUUACCUUUGGGCUCGACUUGACAGAAAGCCCAACAAACAGGCAGAGAAAAGGUUCAAGAAGUACCAGCAUGCUCACAAGAGCUGUAAAGGUUUCACAUGGAAUGUACCAGAAGAUUUUAAGACGGUGCCUGAGACUUGGAUCCCAGCCCACAGGGUCAAAUAUCACAACAGCCAUCCAGUCCCUGAUGAACAUGGACAUAUUCCAGGCUGGGUUCCUGUGGAGAAGGACAACAAGCAGUACUGCUGGCACGCCUCUGUGGUGGACCACGACGCCGCUGUCGCUCUGGUUCUCAGACCCAGUGCUGAGGAGGAAGACAUGUUGGAGAUCGUAACGGUCCAGCUAGCUGAGCUCAUGGAACAGACGCUGGAGCUCAUUGGAACCAACGUCAAUGGGAACCCCUACGGACUGGGGAGUAAAAAGCAGCCUGUCCACGCCCUGGUGUCACAUGGCAGCGUGCGGAUCAGGAAGCCUCCAGCAGUGGACUUCCAGCAGCUGCGUGCCUGGUUCCAGGAGAGUCCAGAGGGCCAAGUGGAGGGCAUCGUCUGGCACUGCGGUGACGGCACUCUGCUGAAGGUUCAUCGUCACCAUCUGGGGCUGAGCUGGCCAGACGGGGAAACUUUUCUGGGCACCAGGCCGGUGCUGGUUCAAGUUGAUGGGACAGUUGAUGAGUACAUCAGCAGCAAGGACUUGUUCACAUCCUUCCUCGUGCUAAACGGACGCUACUUCAGCCGGCUGCAGGACAUUCAGUUUGAUGCCCAGAUCCAGUCUGACUGAGUGGAGAAGGAGAGUGUCACACCGCAACUUAUGUGUUUACAGAUUCAGGAUUUGGCAAUUUGCCAAUCCUCUUAACAUUGCCAGUCGCUGAUUCAUAUUGCUGCUAACAAUUCAGUGGAGGAUGAAAGCCUGUUAAUUAAUGCUUCAGCUCCACAGUUAGAUGUGUAGACCAAUUAGGCACACUGAACACAAACCUCAGGCUUAAAUCCACUGACGGUUUUAUCUGACCAUUAUUAGGCGAGGCUGGACCUGCAGUGAGAGAGCAGGUUGAAGACGCCCCAGCCUCAGGAGACACACAGCUGCUGGACAUAAUGGCUGCUGUGGGAUCAAACCUGGGACUUUUUGGUUAGAAGAGGACCCCAAGCCAUCAGGCCGCUCUGCAGCACUUAACAGUGAAGUGUGUUCCAGUUGUGAAGGCUGUUUGCCUUUCACUGUGUAGAAAUGUUUACAGUUUUAGGGCGAAAUGAGUGACCAGAGGAACUGUAAAUACGAUUUUAAGAUGACGCAACUUAAAAUAUACUGUAAUUAAAUAUAAAGUUACAGCUCUUAUAUUGCUAUGUGAAGAAUAAAUGACUCAAUGUGUAAAUAUGUAGAUUUUGGUCACCGAAGUGUGUUGAAAUUACAACCUGCUUUAUUAGCAGGUGCAAGGAAGCACAAUUCAUAAUAACCACAAAUACACAAAAAUCGAGCUAUGAGCUACACCACCAAACACAUUUUUUUCUUCAAAUAAAUAAAACUACUGUUGGGGA